UGAGGCUACUGAAAAAUGGGCCCCACUAAUAUGAAUCAAGAGCUCGAGGAUACUAAUCAUACCGUCCUCGGUUCUAGGAUGAUGAAGUUCUUAUCAGCACCCCCUUCCCACGCUUCUUUUUAUCAACGCUCGCUGCCUUUCCUCAUUCACCACCUUCCUUUCCAUCCUUCUGUUCUCCUCAGACUCACUCUCGAUCGUCAGACGCGUCUGAUGGGAACCCAAACCAUCGCCCUUUCUAUCUUCCUCUCGUUCCUUCUCCUCCAAUCUCUCAUUCCCAUCUCUGCCGAUGGCAUUUUGAGAAUCGGCCUGAAAAAGAAGGCUUUCACCCAAAACAGCAGGCUCGCGUCUCAGUUCGGCGCAAACGAGAGCGAGUCUCUGAGAGCAGCGAUUCGAAAGUACGGCCUCGAUGGAAAUCUCAGAGACAGCGGCGCCGGUGGUCCCAGCACCGACAUUAUCGCGUUGAAGAAUUACAUGGACGCUCAAUACUUCGGAGAAAUCGGCAUCGGCACUCCACCACAGAAGUUCACCGUCAUCUUCGAUACCGGGAGUUCUAAUCUCUGGGUCCCUUCUUCCAAGUGCUAUUUAUCGGUUGCUUGCUAUAUGCAUGCUAGGUAUAAGGCGGGAUUGUCGAGUACUUACAAGAAGAACGGGACGUCUGCUGAAAUUCAAUACGGUACUGGAGCAAUUUCUGGAUUCUUGAGCCAAGACAAUGUUCAAGUUGGUGACCUCGUCGUCAAGGAUCAGGUUUUUAUUGAGGCAACUCGAGAGCCGGGCAUGACAUUUGUGGCAGCCAAGUUUGAUGGUAUACUUGGGCUUGGAUUUCAAGAAAUCUCUGUUGGGAAGGUUGUCCCUGUAUGGGACAAUAUGGUCAACCAAGGGCUUGUUAAAAAUCCAGUUUUCUCCUUUUGGUUUAACCGAAAUGCCCAAGAUGAAGAGGGUGGUGAGAUUGUGUUUGGAGGGGUUGACCCCAACCAUUAUAAGGGCCAGCACACAUAUGUUCCUGUGACUCAGAAAGGCUACUGGCAGUUUGAUAUGGGCGAUGUGCAUAUUGGUGGUGAAACAACCGGAAUCUGUUCAGAUGGCUGUUCAGCAAUUGCCGAUUCCGGAACUUCUUUAAUUGCUGGUCCAACAGCUACUAUUACUGAAAUCAAUCAAGCCAUUGGUGCUGCUGGUGUUGUUAGCCAGGAGUGCAAAGCAAUUGUUGCACAAUAUGGGGAACUCAUAAUUGAAAUGUUGUUAUCUGAGGCACAACCCAAGAAAAUCUGCUCACAGAUUGGUUUGUGUGCUUUUGAUGGAACACGAGGUGUUAGCAUUGGUAUUGAGAGUGUUGUGAAUGAGGACAAAUCAUCUCUUGGUCGGAAUGAUGCUAUGUGUUCCGCUUGCGAGAUGGCAGUUGUAUGGAUGCAAAAUCAGCUUAGGAGGAAUCAAACGGAGGACCGCAUACUGAGCUAUGUUAAUCAGCUUUGCGAUCGACUCCCGAGUCCCAUGGGAGAAUCAGCUGUUGACUGCAAUAGUCUUUCUUCCAUGCCCGCCGUUUCUUUCAACAUUGGGGGCAAAACAUUCUCUCUCACUCCAGAGCAGUACAUACUGAAGGUUGGGGAAGGUACUGCAGCUCAGUGCAUAAGUGGGUUCACUGCUUUGGAUGUGCCUCCUCCUCGUGGCCCUCUGUGGAUAUUGGGAGAUGUCUUCAUGGGAGUCUACCACACCGUGUUCGACUAUGGCAACUUAAGGGUUGGAUUUGCCAAAGCUGCUUAAACCUUUUAUAAUCCGUGAACAGUAUCACAUCUUUUUCUCUUUCCUUGGCUUUUAAGUACUUGGGUAUGUACAUAACACGCUUCAAAUAUAUGCCUUAUAGAGCAUUAUCUAGUAAGCAUAUUACAUAAA